AUGUAAAGAAAUAAAAUAACAAAAGGAUUGCGUCUAAGACUUUCAGUCAAAUAAGAAGUAGGCCUUAAUCAGGCAUCAUCUAUGAUACUAAAAAACUUGAUAAGGUGUCUCCAAAGGGUUUAAAGGUGGUUAUUCUUGGAGCAGGUGAAUAAAAUGAUUUAGACAAAUUUAACACUAUCUACUAGAAAAACAAAUGUCAUCAAUGAUAGUUCUGUCACAUAAAGUAGAUCCACUCAUACAGAAAUUUUAAAAAAUUCACCUGUUGUGCAAGACUUAACUAAGAAAAUACCUGUUAACAUGACCAAGGAUAAAGAUGACUUAUACGCAGAAACUGUUUAUUUGAAAGAUAUGAUAAACAAGUUAACUUCAGAAAACUAUGAUCUUAAAGCAAAAAUGAGAUUUUUGAAUAAAAAUACAGAGCGAAUGUAAACUGUUGUGCAAAAUGUGGGUGGGUAUUUGCAGCAGAAAUACGUUGCUGAUAAGUAGGAUUUAGCUUUGAUGACUAAAUUGGGUAUAAGUGAAAAUUUAUUGACAAUAACUUUAAAGAAACAAAUCAAGGAGUUAAGAACUUUGAUAAAAUAAUAGAAUGAAGAAAUAUCAAAUUUGAAGCACGAUAUCAAAUAUACUAAAAUUUAAGAAUUGGAAAAAGAAAUUAAUGUAUUUUAAGAAGAAACCCUCAGAUUGAAGACUCUGUUAGAAUAGUCUUAAAGAAAUGAAUAGAUCAUUUAAAUGACUCAUGAUUUUAAUUAAUUUGAGCACAAAUUCUACCUUUAAAUGCAAAUCAUAAAUUCCUUAAAACAAGAAAACUCAUUUUAUUAAGGCCAAAUCACAAUUGAAUAGGAAGAGAAGUUUAAACUCCAAAAUCAUAUGGAAACUAAUUAAAAACUUCUAAACAAAUAAAACUAAGUGAUUGAUGAUCUUCAAUAAACUCUCAAAGAUAAAUCAACUUACAUUGAUGGACUUUAGCAGGAAUUAAAUUCAUAUAAAGAUAUAAAUUAAAAUCUAAUCUCAAAAGCGAAUAAAUUGGACAAUAAUCAAUUAAGAAUAAUAGGAUUGAUAAAAGUUGAAUAAGAAUUAAGAAAAGAGUUGUAAUAGAAAACAAGAGAUAUAGAAUAUUUAGAUAAAACAACAACUGAGUUGAAAUAAAAAUUAAAUGAGAAAUCUUCAAUUGAAGCUAAAAUCAAGGAUCAAUUAUAGGAUGAAUUGAAAAAGCUUAAAAUUGCAUAUGAGGAACUAGAUGAAAAGUAUAAACACUUGCUAUUAAUAAAUGCUUAAUCUAAGUUAAAAGAGACAGCUCCAUCUAUAUAAUAGAAGUAAGCUCAAACAGCAGCAACUGUUAAUUUAAAGACUUAGAGACCAUUAAAUUAAAAUAAUACUCCGGACAGUAUCAAUUAAGAUAAAAAUUAACAGUAAUAAAAAUUUAAGGUUAUCAAAAAAGAUGAUGUAGAUCAUUUAGGAUUUGAAUUAAAUUAUAGAUUGAGAACUAAAAAAAUAACUUUGGCAGAUGCAAUUGAGAAAUAUUUAUUUGACAAUAAAAACAAGAAGACUGGAGAAAUAAAAUUAAAGGAGAUAUCAGAAAGAAUGCAGAAGGAACCUUUCUUAUUAAUUGAUGAAGAUUCAGCUUUAUUGGUAGCCAGAUAUCUUACAGAGGAUAAUUCUUAGGAAUUCGUAGUUUAUAACGAUUAGUUGAAUUAAUCUACUACUAUUGUAAGAAGUAUAUUGUAAAAAUUAAUUGGCAAUUACGAAAUUUUAACAAUUGAAAUUGAAAUAUAAAAAACAAAGGAGAUAACACAAGUUAUUAGUAAGUAUAAAAAUAGCUUGAAAUAAUAUUUUGAUUAAUUAACAAGUAAGUAUGAAGGGUUAUUAGAAAGAAAGCAAAUAGUUGAAACUUUUGAAUAUAUGGGUAUCGAUUUAACUCAUGAUUAAUAUGAUUUCUUAUUUUUGAGAUUAUUCUCUUAUUCCAAUAAUACAUAGAUAUUCCCUUACAUAAGAAUAUUUGAGAUUUUCUAAGAGAUUUAAAUAGAAAGAAUUGAUAGCGAUAAAAAGAAAAAGUCAAGGAAAAAAGAAUUUAAAGAUUAAGGUGAUAAUAAAAAUAAGAAGGUGGAGAUCUUUACAAGAAGACAAUCAAUGGAAUUAGCGAAUUGA